AUGGCAUUAAAAGUGGUUCACCUGCUCAAAAACGGAUUUCGCUCGUCGUCACUUGAGUUAUUCUCACGUCUUCACGCCGUCAUGGACGGUCUCUUAUCGAGAAGUGGAAGUACUGGCAAAGACGCGGAAAAGACAAAAGAUGGUUUGAAGGCUCUUGGAGAUUUGAUGAAACUUUCAGAAGCAGCGAAACAAAAUGAUACUGUUGGAGCCACUAAUGCGCUGAUCACUUUGACGCAAGACCUAAUGAAGUAUGCUCACAAAAAUAAUGAAACCACUCUUGAAGGAAAAGGAAAACAUAACCACCAUCAUAUCUGGCAAUCUCAAUCUACCAACAAAACAGAUUCAAUGGAGUACAUGAAUGACACCCAAACUUCUGCAAGUUCAUGGAAAAGUAAACUUCAAGCAUUUCUUCAAGUAAACAAUGACUCGAAUUCUACUGACUACGGUAACAACUACGCAGCUUCCUGGGGAGACUCAACAGGUUUUGGUAGUAAUGAAGACAGUCAGCUACCCAACUUGUCUCUAUUUGAUUUUGGUUUGGGAGGAGGCUUGUUAGAACCUUUCGAUUUGAACAAGGCUUACUCGCAUAAUACAUUUAUGAAUGUAUUUUGCACCGCCACUAUGAUUUCAUUUGUGUAUUAUGUCCCAAGGAUGAUCUACUAUCGUGCAAACAAUCUUUCAAAUGAUAAAAAACACUCGUCAUUUGUUCCAAUAUUCUUCUUGUCGCUGAUUGCUAUUUCUGGAGCAAUAAUUCACAUUGCAAACUCUUAUUACUAUGCAACUCAUAACCCGUUAGCCGUAAUGAUGUCCGGUAAUUUCUCUUUAGAAGAUCUCUUCGCACCGCCGGACCAUCUUACGCCAAUGUUUUACAAAACGUUGACUGCUUCAAUCAAUCGUAUCGUCUCUCCAAUUGUUUCUUUGCUUUGUCUGCAACAAAUUUCUACCCAUUCUCAACACAAUAUUAAUUUUUUGCAAAAUCCAAUUGUUCAAAUGAUCUACUGUCUCAUCAGUUCAGGAGUGGUUUUUGGGUAUUCCUAUUAUGAGGAGAACGAAUUUAUGAAUGCUUACGCUGACAGCGAGUAUCCAGACCAAAUUCAUGUCGAUUUUUCUGAUAUAAUCCCUCCUCUGAUCACUGCAUUCCUUUUCUUCUUCGCCAAACACACAAUCUCCCGUCAAUCUCUCUAUACCACUGAAAAAUAUGGACCAAAUGGACCGACAACUCUGGAUAGAGUCUCCAAAGUCGUCGUAUUCCAAACGGUGAUGGUAUUCUUUGCACUUUGCGCCAUUUUCUGGAGUCCAUCCCGAGAAGAGGAAUUGGCCCUGAGUCCAUUAGCAUCCACAUGGUAUUACUUCUUCAUCACUGCUCAAACACCCGUUGUUCAUAUCGUCCUCUUCCGAUCUCUUCUUCGCUCCCGUAAAUCUACUCGUAUCUGUUUUUUGGUUUGUUGCCAUUCUGGAGAAAAGGUUGAUGCAACUGCUGAUAACGGUGUUGAGCUGAAUCAACAUCCUAAAAUUAAUGAGCCAAGUGAGAAGAAUGAUGAGAAUCGAGAUGAAGAGGAUCAGAACGAAGAAGAAAAUACCAUGGAAACUUUGGAUCACAACAAGAUUGUAAUCAUCCCAGAUGGGGCGUUGUUGGAGGGAAAACCUGAAGUCAAGGAAGCAUAA